AUUUAGGUGCACCGAUGACUCAGUCAAUCAUAGUACAAGUUGGUCAGUGUGGUAAUCAGAUAGGAUCUCAGUUUUGGUCUUCUGCUUUAAAAGAACAUGCUUUUCAUGACGAUUCAGGCUACUUUUCUGAAUCUGUUGCCAGCUUCUUUCGGAAUGUAGACUCGAAAUCCAGACGAAACUUGGCAGUAAGUAACCCACCAACCCAGAUUCAAAGCUUGAAAGCUCGAGCUGUUUUAAUUGAUAUGGAAGAAGGAGUUCUUAAUAGGCUUAUUCAAUCAGAUGUAGGGGAACUUUUUAACUCAACUGAAUUGAUAAAAGACGUCAGUGGUGCAGGUAAUAAUUGGGCAACAGGAUUCCACUUUUAUGGCAGCCAUUAUCAGGAGCAGAUAGUAGAUGCGAUAAGAAAAGAGUGUGAAUUAUGCGACUGUUUACAAUCUAUUUUCAUAUUGCACAGUAUGGGUGGAGGUACUGGUUCAGGUCUUGGUACAAGAACUCUUUCACUAAUCGCAGAAAACUUCCCUGACGUGUUUAGAUUUGUGAUACCAGUGUAUCCGUCAGCUGAUGAUGAUGUCAUCACCUCUCCAUACAACACUACUCUUGCAAUGAAACAGAUAUCUGAACACGGGAAUUGUGUUAUGCCCGUGGAAAACCAAUCCCUUUCUGCAAUAUGUCAGCAGUUAGGUUCAGCCAAAGUAGAUAACAUCAAACAUACCGUUACAGAGACUAAAGAAAAGGCUUUUAAUAGAAUGAAUUCAUUUGUUGCUAAAGUGAUACUUGAUAUCACAGCAUCUGCUAGAUUUGAUGGUAGCAUGAAUGUUGACAUCAAUGAGAUAUGUAUGAACCUUGUUCCUUUUCCAAAAGCAAACUAUUUGGUUCCUGCAAUUGCUCCCCUGUAUUCCCCAAAAAUUUCACAACCAAGACAUCUUGAUGCUAUGUUCACUGAUGUUUUUUCCAACCAUAAUCAGCUCUGCCGUGUUGAUCUUCGAAAAGGAACUUUUCUGUCUUGUGCUCUUCUUGUUAGAGGAAAUUUGCAAGUCUCAGAUGUCAGGAGAAAUGUUGACAGGUUAUCUGAUUGCACCAAGUUUAUCUACUGGAACAAAGAUGGUUGGAAGACUGGGCUAUGUUCUGUGCCACCAAUCAAACAAAUGUAUUCCAUUCUUUCUCUGGCAAACAACACGUCUAUAAAGUACACAUUUGAGGACCUGAGAAGUAGAUUCUACAAACUGUUCUCACGAAAAGCUCAUUUACACCACUAUCUUAAUGUUGAUGGCAUGGACAUUGAUCAAGUUAAAUGUGCCCAUGAAAGUCUCAAUGAUCAGAUUGCUUUUUACAGUGAGAUGGAGAGCGCUCAGCCGCUUCAUGUUGCUAGACCUAAAAUAAUUUAGUUAUUAAUUUAUUUUCCAGACGUUUUUAUUCAAAUUGAAGUCGUUAUUUAUUAUUAUCCAUAUCAAUGCAUUUUAUACGACAAUUGUUUUCAGAAAUAUCAGACGAUAUGACUUAGUUUUUAUUAUAUUUAUUAACGGCCCACCUUAUAGUAUAUAACCAUUAACCAUAGUAUGUAUACUGUAUAAUGUAUAUAUAUAGUUUCCAAUGAGUUAAGCCACAGAUCCAAUAACAUGAUGAUGCAUGUUUUUUAUUUAACAGUAUAAUUCUAAUAUUCAA